AAAGGAAAAAAAGGAAAUCUCUUCUAGCUCUCAGACCACUUCUCAGGUCCUUCGUAGAAGAUUGGAAGAGACCGAAAAGUCAAGACGAGAGAUCCGUCAUGUUGGUUAAUGCUAAAAAGGCAAGAAUCAUAUCGAUAUGCUGUACGACAUCAGCAUGUUUCAUGGUAACGAUUCACGUUCUACCUCGAAGCCUAAUGGUCGCGCAAAUGCAAAGAGAUCAAUUCGAGCCCCCACAUACGGUCGUCUAUCCCGGUUAUUUUCCAUACGACAUUAGAGGAACAUUUGCUUUUUUAAUUUCCUGUUUUGGACAGAUUGUAGCAGCGUACAGCGGUACCUUAUCAUAUAUAAGCGUAGACACGUUUAUCACGAUGCUGGUUCUUCAUGUUUGCGCACAAAUUUCCAACCUCAGGCAUUCGCUUGAAGAUCUAUCGAGCGGCACGAACGAGAUGGCCAAUGAUUUUACAAAGAAAUUGAUAUGGAUCGUGAAGGGACACGAACAUCUCAACUGGUACGCACAAUCGAUCGACAACUCCUUUAACAUGAUGUUGCUCAUUCAAAUACUGGGCUUCACCGUUCAAGUAUGCUUUGAGGCCUUUCAAUUAUUUCGAAUAAUGGAACAGGACGGGGACAAAUUUCCUGUAGAAGAGCUGAUUUUUGUUGUACUGUAUGUACUUAUUACUUUGAUACAGUUAUACUUGUAUUGUUACGCCGGAGAAAUGCUUAUCGUCGAGAGUUCUGCAAUUGGCACAUCUGCAUACAUGUCCCAGUGGUACAAUUUAUUUCCAAAGGAUGCACGAAAUAUUUUUUUCGUGAUGCAUCGAUGUUCUAUACCACUUCGCUUAACGUUUGGUAAAAUCGGCACGUUUUCGAUGGAAACGUUUAGCCAGAUUUUGAGAAGCACAGUAGGAUAUCUAUCAGUGUUAUUAACGGUAACGGAUAAAAAAAAUAAUUAACUUUAAAAGAUGAUAAUAAAUAGAAUAGUGAAAGUG